AUGACAGUUUUAGACGAUCACGCAGAAUGCUAUCGACAUCGCGUCUGCAAUGAAGCGUUUCCCUGUGAAGUUUGCAUAACUUGGACAGAGGAAAAGCGGGCGUUAAUGAAUAAAAUGAUUGAACGCAAGAAAUCUGAAACUGGUAAGAAAUCGGCCACGGUGUCAAAUCCAGCGACAGAAAUUCCCUCUGUGGGGAAUAAUACUUGUUCUGAUUCACAAGCUUCCUCUGCGGGAAACCUAGUUGUAUCAGAAUCGCUACCUCUCUCGGACGAGAGACAAAAUGGCGGCAAUUUGACACAGGGGUUUUUCCCAUCACAAAUGAGUAAUUUACCCCCUUUCACGCUGGGAAAUUUUGAAACUCAGUGGCAGCAGUAUCAAGAAAAUUUCAUGCGAAAUUUGAUAGACGCCAGAGUUAAAGAAUUAGUACAUGGCGCAAGUAAACAGACUGAAAAACCGUCUGCUACAAGUUCACAGAGUAAGUCUACGAGGUUCGAUAGAUUUCGACCUUCAGAUGAUCAACACUCAAGAGAGUCAGAUGAUGAUGAUCUCAUCAGUCACAGAGGUGACAACGAUCCAGUUGUGAACAAUUCACAAAUUGACGAUAUUGUUCAAGUCCAUGAUGAGGACAACCAGUCUGAGUUUGAUAACUCUGUUGCAGGUUCUGUGCAUACAGAAUUUAAUGAUUCAUGUACAGUUGACUGGAAAAAUUUUGUUAAGAAGGUUACUUCUGAAUUGAAAAUAGAUUCUGAGAAAACUUCUGAAAAUCAGGAUCGAGAUUUCAAGUCGUAUAUGUCAGAACGCUUGAUAGGGUCAAAAACGUGUACCCAACAACAAGCAUUGCCUCUAGACGGUUACAUCUUGAACACGUUAACGGACGUUGAUGAGGAGUUCCAGCGUAAGGGUACAAUACGCACUUAUAAAGCUUCAGAUGAUGAGAAGUACAGAGUAACAUCUGCAGAUUUUGAUAAAUAUUGCACAACGCCACGACUUGAUGAUAACAUCGAGGACAGUAGCUUCGCAAGGAAAGGUAAUAAAAAUUCUUACCGUUUCCGUAAUCAAACAUUGCAUUCACGUAGCAAUGAGUUGUGGAAGAUAGAUCAAGGGUCGCGUCUUCUUCUGAGAGAGUUGACUUAUGCUUCUCUUAUUACCUCGUAUGUGGAUAAUGUAGUAUCUGAUGAGGACAAGACAGAGGCCCUUCAAGCACUGAUGCAAGUUUUUAAGUCGAUGGAUGAUGUUACUUCACGUAUCUUAGUGGGUGCAGUUGCAGCACGAAGAGCCAUUCACGUCGAAGAUCUCGCAUUUAAAAACAAGGCAACUGAAAAUAAACUCCUUGUACAGUCUACUCUGAAUCCUAAACUCUUUUGUGGGAAAUAUUUUGACAUCCUUCACUCAAGUGCAGAAAGUUUACGGGAUGCUAAAGAAACACACCACUUGAGAAAUUCAAAGCAGAGAGAUGGUUCUAACCCGAAUUCUGCAAGAAAGAGGAAAAGAGAAGAGUCAGCUGGUACUUCAGAGCAGAAAGAACAGCAACCAACUGUUGCAAAGAAGGGGAAGUUUUCUACUGACAGAAAUGCAAAGACUGGCCUGGGAAGAGGGCGAAAGUUGAAUUCUCAGGUUUCUUUCAAAAACCAAAAUCGUAGCUCGGCCCAAGAUCGUUUGGGGUUUCGUCCCCAGAAGUAAGCUUACAAG